UCAAUAUGGGGUGCUGUGUGUACAUUAAUGAGAAAAAAAAUGAACUUAAAUGAUUUUAGGAAAUGGCUGCAAUAUAAAUGAGAGUGAAACAUUUAAGGGGGUCUGAAUACUUUCCAUAACCACUGUAUUUAAGACACAUAUUAUGAAAGUAAAUAGGUUUAGUGUUAAUAAAUGCUCUUUAUAGUCAUUUUGACUAAACUCAUAACAGAUCACAUAUUUGUAAUUCUCUUUCAAGCAUGUAGGGGUCAGUCUUCUCAGAUAGAGAGAGCGAGAGAGAGAGAGUGAGACUCCAGGAAGAGAGUGACAGAAGAAACAUUCAGAGAUGGGCAAUAAACGGUCAACUGUACAAUAUCCAGGCUACACAGUAGUGAGUGAAGAUAAGCAGAUGGUCCUGGUGAAAAAUAAAGGCGGUGAUCAUUUUGUUAUUAAAACCUUCAAUAAUGGACAGGAAAACGAUUUAAACCUUCUCCUACAACUCCAUCAUCCACACAUUGUCCAUCACAAGGAAGUCAUCACAGGUCCCGACUGCUUGUAUCUUGUAGUGGAGCACUGUGAAGGUGGAGAUCUUGCUCAGAAAAUCAAGCACAAAAUACAGAAAGCAGAUACAUUUACUGAGAAUGAGAUUCUGGACUGGAUUGUGGAGAUCUGCAUGGCAUUAAAGUAUCUACAUGAUAAACACAUCCCACAUAAAAACCUGCAGCCCAAGAGCUUGUUUUUCACUGCGUGUGGUAUCAUUCGUCUUGGAGAGUUUGGAGAGCUUCAUGAACGGUCCACUGAAGCACGCUCAACAGAAACGGAAGAUCUUGCAUACAUUGCACCUGAAAAUAUGAGUUGCAAACCUUACGAUGAGAAGACUGAGAUUUGGAGGUUGGGAUGCGUCACCUACGAGCUGUGCAAGCUUAAGCGUGCGUUUGCAGAAAGAAGAACAGUUGAGAUUGUUAGGAGGAUACUCACCUGCUCCUAUGAAGCUCUUCCCAACACCAUUUCCAAAGAGCUUCAUCAGCUGGUGAAAGACACACUCCAGAAGGAUCCAAAGAACCGGCCGUCUGUCACUGAGAUCUUAAUGAGGCCUUUUAUCAUCGAACACCUUCACAAAAAGAGUGUUAAAAACAUCAUUGAGCUUUAUAAGAUUCUAGAUGUACUAAGAAAGUUGGCAGAAGGAUUGGAGAUGGUCCACUUCAACACAACCGUCAGCAGUCUCACAGGAGGUGUAGUCGGUCUGGCUGGAGGAAUCACAUCCGUGGUGGGACUCAUUCUGGCUCCCUUCACUCUCGGAGCAUCUCUGAUAGUAACAGGAGUGGGAAUCGGUACGGCAGUAGCUGGUGGAAUAGCAGCUGGUGCCAGCAAUAUAACAAACAUGGUUAGCCAGCAAACCAACCGACAAAAGAUUAAAAUGAUUAUAACAGAGUUCCAGGACAAAAUCACCUCCACUGUAUGCUGCAUCCAAAACAUCUCAAUAGCAGUUGAAACUCUAGAAAAAGACUUUUCAACAAGCAGUGGAUCACUUUCCAAUCCGCAGUCUGGGAUGAGUGUUGGAGCUCGACUUGGACGAGGACUGGGAGGAAUCCCGGAGCUUCUUCGUUUAACUCAAAUUGUAAACGUAGGGAAAAUCGCAGCUCAGGCUGCAAGAGCGGUUCGCAUGGCAGAGACCGUUACUGGGGUUUUAUCUGCGCUUUUCAUAGCUGUUGACAUCUUCUUCGUGUUUCUCGACUCCAGAGAAAUCCACAACAUGCGCAGAGAUUAUGCUUUAAAAUCGAGUCGGCCAAAGUCCACCAGCAACCAAACUAUAGGGUCAAACAGUGACACUACAAACGCUCAGCAGGCGGAGCUGAAGUCUGAGACUAUGAAAUUUGUGACAAAAAUAAAAGACGCUGCAGAUGAGCUUCAGAUGAUUCUGGAUACGCUACAAGAUGCACUGAACCCAAACUCUAAGACGCCAAACGCAGAUAAUCAAGAAUGAU